AUGGAGGGAGAACCAGCUGAAUCAGAUGAGGAUGUUCAAGAGGAGGACAAGCCCACUGUGCUGUGGGAGAAGUGCAUUCAGCAGAGCAUCUUUGUGGAUCUCAGCGAGGAUGAAAGUCUCCAUUUAAGUGAUCUGGAAAAUUCUUUUGCCUUACAUCUGUCCCAGGCAGAGUCUGUUGCCUCUGAGGCCAGCAUCCAUUUCAGUGGUGAGUGCUGGAGCCACACAGGAUUAUUCUUGUUUAUUUAAAUAUUUGUUGGAUGUUGUAUCUGCCCUAACUAUAUAGCACACUGUUUAAAAACACGAAGCAGUGUUACAGUACACAUUUAAUGCAGCAAAGGAACAAGCUGCAGUUUUCUCACAGAAUGAUACUAACACAUUAGAGGUGUUAGUAGCCUAUAUUUGAAUUUUUGCUUUAAAAAAAGACAGACUGUUUUAGUGUCUUAUGAGGACAGUUUAGCUGAGUUGACAGAACAGGCACUCCACUAUUUGACUCUACUCUCAUCUCCCAACAUUGUCUUUGUCAAAUAAGACAAAAAGUCUACAAAUGUAUCGCAAAAAGUGCUCUGUGACAGCUUGGACAAGUGAUAGAAUGAAGUUUUGUUGUUGUGGUUUUUGUUCAUCUCUGUCCAUCUCUCUCUUUUUCUGCACCUCCUUCUGCACCAAUGUAAUCUCGACAGAUGACUGUCUGACAUGAGUCUGGUUCUGUUUAAGAUUUCUACCUAUUAAAGGAAGUUUUUUCCUGCCAUUGCUUGUGACACUCAUGUAGAUAAAGAUGGGAUAACAGUGGGUCUGAUCUUAAAAGAUGGAAUUCAAUCUUGUCCCAUCUUUGUGUUGGGUCUUUGUUAAUAUCAUGAAUUGUAUUAUCUGGACCAGGUUUUUUGUCAAGUAUCUUGAGAUAACAUUUGUUGUGAAUUGGCACGAUAUAAACAAAGAUUUAUUCAUUUUCGUGCAGGGAGUGCAGAGCUGUCAGACUUGGAUGUCUCCUCUUCAGAGCCCAGCACUGCCAGCAGUCAGAGUGAGAGACCAGGAGAGACCAGGAACCAGAGCGGUGUAUUUCACAUGUCUGCUCAAAGACCAAACACCAUGCAAGAUAAACUCCCUAUAAAGCGGGGGAGGGAAGAUGAAGGGCAAAAUACUAGUGAUGAGGAUCAGGAUGACCUACCUUACGAUGGGGAUUUUGGAAACCAGUAUUUCAACCAGACGGCUGACUCUGAGGGAGAAAGGAGCGCAGAUGAACGAGAAAGUGUUCAUACAAGCCCUGAUGCUCUACAUAUGCCUGAAAUGAAUCAAAUACAAAUAGAUCAUUUGACUGAUCAUGUGGUUUCCGUAGCGUGUAAUGGUGAGGAACCACUAACUUCGACAAAAGAGGAUGCCAACACCAAACAGGAUGACAAUGUGGGUCCUUCUAAGCAGACUGGGUUUGCCCCAUCAUGCCCUGCAGACAUUAACCAAGUGUUGCUGCAACAUUUCACCCAAGAGGAACUGCUGCGGCCAGGUAGACUGAUUGAGGCGGAGACCCUGCCCGAGGUGUCCCUGCUGGAGAGCAUGGAUGACUCAGUACUAAGCUUCCAUCCAGCACACAAUCAGAGCUCCUGCUCUGAGAGCACUGUUGAAAAGAGUGAUAAUUCAUCACACCACUUCAGUUUCAAGGAGGAAGCUGGAUGGAUAGUCCAUAAUGAAAGUAUAAUAUCCAGCUCUGAGAGGAUUAACUCUAAACAGGACACUUUGGAUACAAGUGCUGAAGAUGUAGUAAAUCCAGAAAAGACAGAACAGGAUAACCCAGCUCCAGCUGUGCACACCAGGUCCUUUACUGACAUCAAAUAUGGCCAAGGAAAAGUCCAUUACCCACUCCCUGACUUCUCCAAGGUUGCCCCCAAAGUGAAAAUCCCCAAAGCUCCAAGUGGACUAGUUAGACCUUUUUCCCAGGGACCAGGUACCAUGCACAGAACACAGUCCUCUCCAGGAAUGUUAGACGUGAUCACCAGGGUCCUGGAGGACUCAGUCCUGACACCGGAGGAGCCCUACAUGUUCAAAGAGGAAGAAAAACAGGCUGCUCCUACACUGGUGCAUCAUCUGCAGGUGAGAUACUCAGAGUGCAUCUGUGUAUUAGACAAAAGCAAAAUGAAUGGUGCAAAGUACUAACAUCUGUCUUAAUCCAUGUUUUAGACUGAGUAUGAUAAACUUCUGGCCAAAUAUGCAGAGGCAGAGAACCUUAUUGACCAAAUGAGAACUGGAACCAACGUAAGUAACAAGUUGUUCCUUUUUGACAGAUACAGAUACUGUCAGGGUGUGAAGAGUCUUCAUUUUGAUGAAAUUCAAAUCAUGUCAGUAUAAAAUAAUUGAUGUAUUUUCACAGGCUCAGCCCUCCUCAGACCUGAUGCUUGAUCUAGAUUGUGAAGAAGAUCAUCCCAAAAAUAUACCUGGAGUCAAGGGACGCCAUAUUGGAUCCUUGGCCCUUAAUCUUCCCCUAUCACAUUCGUCUCUGUGUCUGACAUCUGAUAUUACAACAUGUCAACGCUUUGCUUCACUACCUGCAAGUAAUGCAUUUAAGUGCACCUGGUUUCCAUAGCUACAAUCAGGGUCAGAUGACAGCCUUCCAGCAACACAGAAAUUGUUUCUGCUUCUGAUGCACUUACUUUAACUGAUUACGAAAGCAGAGAGCUGGAUUAACAUUUUCCAUAAUUUAUUCCUAUGUCUUAUUUUCAACUACAAAAAUCAUCUGUAUAUUUUGUAAUUUGGUUAAUUUUUCAUGUUCACAAAACAUAGAUUAGCAAGUUCUUUGCAUGAGAGUUAAAAAUGUGUGUUGAAUGUGAAUGUCCAGGGAAAAAAAGUAUCAGUAACAAAGAAGGUGCCUACUGUACUUCUUGCUUCUCCUUGUUUCCAGAUAACUUUGAUAGGAAAGAAGAAAAAACCUUUAAAAGCAACACUGAGGUUGUGAGCACAGAUCCCCUCAACCAGCCUGAAGAGGGCCCCAGUGAUGGGGACAGAAUGACUGCAGAGCUGAGGGACAUCAUCAGCCAGUUCAUGCAAAAGGUAACUUUGAAAAUGCACAAUCUUACAGGGUUAUUGACAGACAAACUACUAAUGAAAUUUCUGUGGUUUAGGUGGAAUUGUUCAAACUUAGUGUAACCAACAUGUCAGUGAGCACAGCAGAGCAGCAAAUGGUAAGUGUUAUUCUUUUACUUCGCUGUUAAAUGCGGGCCAUUUUGAGUUUAUGUCUCUCAGUGUUAUACUUUCUCUCUAUUUGAGCAUACCUGUAAAAUAUGUCUCUGGCCAGAUGCUGAGGAGCCUCAUGGAGGCUCAGGACCAGCUGGAGAGAAAAUACAUCAGUAAGAAGGAAGAGCACAGAACUCUGGAGAUGCAAAACUACAUAGGUCUGGCUAGGAACACCGGUGCCUUUGACCCAAACAGGUUACAGAGAGUGUGGUGUUACAAAUGGGGGGGUCGUUACAUAUGUGCCAACGUGCCAGCAUCAUCUUAAUACAUCUACUCAUAGGUGUGCCUUUUUUGUGUUAAAACAUGUGCAGGAUGGUUGAGGGAGACAUCUUCAGGAUAGGGAUGCACAUUGAGGACAUUAAGGAGAUAAUAGACAGAAACGUGUGUGAGCAGAUUUCUCCACCUCACUUAUCCUCCACUCCCACACCCACAAGAGACAUACAGCAUGUGAUGGCCAGUCCUGUCUGCAUGGCCUCACCUUCACCUCCACCAUCACUGCAUGAGGUAAUCACAGCACUGACCCACAUCAUCUUACUAGCACUUAUGCAUCUUUGCCAAAUACAGUACUGCAUGUAUUUCUACUGUACUGAAUAAAAUAGAAUAUAGUAAAAUAGAACAGAAUAGAAUAGAAUCAGACAGAAUAAAAUAAAAUAUAGAAAAACAGAACAGAAUAGAAUCAGACAGAAUAAAAUAGAAUAUAGUAAAAUAGAACAGAACAGAAUCAGACAAAAUAUAAUAAAAUAGAACAGAACAGAAUAGAAAUAGACAGAAUAGAAUCAGACAGAAUAGAAUAGAAUCGGCCUGAAUAGAAUAUCGUAAAACAGAACAGAAUAGAAUUGGACAGAAUAGAAUAGAAUAGGACAGACUAAAAUAGAAUCGGACAGAAUAGAAUAAAAUUUAGAUUUGUUAUUGUUGAUUUUACACACAACAAUACUCUGUUGCAGGGCCUGAAAGGAGCACAAUGAAAUAGAUAAACAACACAAUAAACCUAAGUCUUAAAGAACAUGUACAUGUGUUAACACUCGCACAUGUACUCACGAGUUCAAAGCAUGCAUGUACCAGUGCAUUCAUGUCUUGGGAGACAAAGUGGGUGUUUGUGAAAGAUGACUCUAACUGCAAAUCAUCUGACUUGGUCUCACGUUUCAGGGCCCAAGUUCAUCAUUUUCCACUGCCGGGUUUUUGAAGAUUGAGAACAAGGAGGAUAAAGAGAGGGAAGGGAAAGAGGCUACUGAGGUCCAUGAUGGAGUUCAGCAAAGUGAUGAACUCAUACCAGAUGACCCUUUAAUGAGAAACAGUGGCCACAGCUGCGACCUGUCAAGGUACUUUUUUUUUUUAAAGUUUUCCCGAGCUCAAAUUAUACAACUUUGUUUCCCAUUAGGUCGAAUCUGUACUUCCAAAACAUAUAUAUCAUCUUCUAUUUAUAAAUGAGAAACGUUUUAGUUUGAAAAUUCUGGAUUUGCAAGUUGAUCUGCUCAUUAAUGCAGCCAAAUAAUGUGACAGUAUUUAUUCAUCUGCUAAAAUGUGGUGGUUCUGCAGGAACAUUUUUAUCAUUGUUGUGCAUGUUGCGUGUUUUGAUCGGUGCUUGCAUUUGUGUGUGUUAAAAUAACAGGCACGUUCUCAGCGCUCCAGUGGAUAGAUAGAGUUUCACCUGCAGUGCCGGUGUUGUGUUCCACCAAGUGUUUGACUUCCCGUGUUCGGGUUAUUUUGUUUGCCCUGUUUCAGGAGCACACAGCGCUCUUUAGAGGGACUGAAAAUCCUCGCUGCUGAGACUGAGGAGGAGAGGAGUUCUGUCUUUUCUGAUGUUAUCAGCCACAGUGACAUUUUAGCGUACUUGGAUGGAGCCAGGUCAUCUGCAGGACAGAGGCUGGGGACACCAGACAGGUCAGUGUUUUCACACAGAAACGAGCAGACUACUUCAAUUGUUCUUCUUUCAUUGAUGCUGAGUGGUUACUCUUGAAUAAUGCACAGAGCACGAGUAUACCUCUUGGAAUCCUGUUCAGGUUUAAGUGAGCUGUAGCACAGUCUAUAUAUUGUAUAGUCAACCCCACAGACUCUGAGCGUGUUACUUUUCUGUGCAGCUGUGGCACCCUCAAUAGUGUCCCUGCAGUGGGUGAGUGCGAUCCAGGAGACUGUAUGAGUCUAGCUGUGGAGGUCUCCUUUUCUUCUAAUGCACCCAGAGACUCGAGCACCCACAACCUCUCAGAGCCUCCUCUCGACUCCUCAUCUUCAUCACAGGUCAGCCACAGAUCAUGACUUCUUCAGUUGAUUAUCUCUGUGUGUAUUUUGUGGAGUCUGCAAAGGCUCCAUACACUCACAAUGUUUCUGGGUUAAUUGUACGACGUGAGUAAGUUUUCGUUGUGUUGGGUUUUCUGGGGUGCAGAGGAUUGUGAGCCCAGAGACAGACAGCGGAUUUGGAAGUUCAUAUUUGAAUCAAUCAGCUUCAGGCUCAUUCCAACCAAAUCUGCAAACAGACAGGUAAAAAUGUACAUCAAAUGAAACCAUAGAACAUAUCAAACUUAAUAAUGUAUCACUAAAGUCUGACCCAUCUAUCUCCAGUGCUCAGUCCCAGAAUGAUGGUAUGAAUAGCACAGACAGUGAGGGCUCCUGCUCCAACCUACAGACAGCCAUCCAUUCAGCCAGCCUCACCAGCCAGCAGUGGACUAACCUGUCAAGACAACCACAGUCCUGUGGUGGAGCAGGGGCUGUGGAGAGGUGGGUGGAGAGCACAACUAAGGAGUCUUCAGUCCAUCUGCAGGGUGAGUGAUCCCUUUUACAAAGGGUAAAGUCAUUUUCUAUAGUAAGAGGCAAAGUUUCCAUGUGUUAGUUUUGUUAUAGUUUAUUAUAAAUGAUCUGAUGUCAUCCUUAUUUGAUGGGGUAAGGACCUGAGUGCAGUCUGCCUGCUCAGCUCCAUCACCACGUCUCUGAACCUGUACUCAGCAUCAGCAUGAAUACAGAAGAUCGAGGCAGCCCACAGUACUCCUGCUCCUGUAACAGGUAACUCUACACUAAAGGGAAGCCAUAAUUAAGUCAAUCAUCUGCUAGGAUUUCUUUGCCUCUACACAGAGUGAAUAUCUUUGUCUGAGUAUGUGUGUUUUUCAUGUGUGUGUUCAGUGAAGCCAUUCUGGCCUUACAGUCAGAAGUAUCCAGGCUAAAGAAAGAUUUAGAAGAGGGCUUGGUCCAGCUGCCUCACCUGGCCCAGAAGAUGGACUUUCUCACUUCCAGGUACAGACAGGAUCUUCAGGAGAGCAAGUCUAAAAACAGACCUCGAACCCCGCUUAGACCAGCAAGCAACAGGUAGUAACUGGCCUGUUUAGGGAGGAAUAAAAUAAUUAUGAACAUUCAUGGGUGUUGAUUUUUCACAUUCUAUUUUUUAUCACUAACUGAUUUAUUGUAACUCCUAGUGUGUUGAAACCAUCGAGUUGCAGACAGAGCAAUCCCAGUUCCAGUCAGGUGAAGAUUGAGGAUUGGAUCUCUUCAGACUUUGAUCCUAGCAAAAGCAAAAGUAUGUCAACAUUACAGUACGCAAAAAAAAACAAGAAUACAAGAAAACUGUGGUGCAUCUGUAUCCAUAUGUGUGUGUUCAUAUCAUUUACUUCAGUCUUCCACAAUAAUCUGGAUGAUUUCCUUUCUAGGUAUAGACAGUAGUGUCAGAGGCAGCCCUGAGAUCAUGUUGCAAUUCCAAAAGCCAUCUCCAGGGAGCAGGAGAGGGUCUCAAAGUAAACUGCAGUCCAACAAAGGUCAGACCAAGAGCAAAAGACUGACCCUCUGAAUAAUUUUUAUGCAUAUCAAUAACCAGAGGUGAAUUGUAUUAGAAAUUAAAUCACAUUUUUACACUCCAUCAGGAUCAGACAGAUAGAUAUCAGUAAAAAAAUGUGAUCUAACUAGUACUACUUAAAAAGGAGGGAAAGAGGAGGUCUCUGACAGCCAUGCACAGACCCCAAACUGAAAAAUGUUUUUGGAGUCAGCAGUUUUUUGCCAUAAGUACAAAAAAAUCAAUGUAUUUUCAGGUUUCUACUUGAUUUUUAAUUAAUAAAAUUAUUGGUGUUAUCCUGACUGACAUAUCCAAGGAGGGCACAAGAAAAGUAACUGGUCACAAUCACCAUGAUACAUUUCUUAGUUUAACUUUAGUCUGAGCUGUAUAUGCAGGAUGUGAACUGUUUAGUUGUAAUAAUGUUCUCAUAAUAGUGCUUGUCAUGUCAGCAGCAGACCUGGAGAGUUUCCAUCCCAAAGAAAUAUGGCCUCUUUGCUCCUCUUCACCUCUACAGAAGCCCCUUCUCCAGGUCAGCUACGGCUCCUCCUGCAGCCUGCCUGCAAGGUCAUCACACACACACACAAGUAACAUUAAACAUCACACAACAGGUUGCAGAUAUUUAUAAUUUCUUUCAGAUCAUGAGUUCAGCUCAAGUAAAACCCUUUUCAUAUUGUCUCUGUAUCCAGCUAUAAAGUGAGGGAGCCACUUUUGGAGUCCACAUCCCACUACAGAAAACGCUCCACUCAGUCAGACACAGCACUUCUGCCCAGUAAUGUGUUUUUCCAGCGCACACCGACCCCAGCAACAGCAUCUGCAAAGACUAGCAGCAGGGCAGGCAGACGUAGAAGGAGUAAGGUGAGAUGACUUGUGUUCACAUUUAUGCCUGCUGAGACCUGCUUUGAAAAAAAAGAUAAUUUGAUUGCUUUGAAAUUUGUCACGCUUGGGUUAUUGAAAAUUGUAUUUCCUCCAUGUAGGAAGAAGAGAUAAACAGGACUCUCGACCAGGCUAUCGAGAUGGCACGCAGCAUGAAGAGGACCACAGACAGAAUGGCAAAAAGACUGUCAGCUGAUUUGACUGAGGCUAAACUACACAGGACACUGUACAACUUGCAGCCACUAGGGGGCAGGAAACACCAUGCAUUGUAA